ACACCAAAGUUUGCUUACAGCUCUCUCUGGUUCAACCUAGCUAGCUAGAUACAUAUAUCAAUCCAGCCAUGGCGGGUUCCGGUCCUCGAGGAUGGGCCGACACCAAAAGCCUGACCCUCCAGGUCCUCAACGGCCGGUGGUUCAUGGUCUUUGCAUGUCUCUUAAUCAUGUCCGCCGCCGGCGCCACCUACAUGUUCGGCCUCUACUCUCCCGACAUCAAGACAGCUCUAGCCUACGACCAAUCUACACUCAACCUCCUCAGCUUCUUCAAAGAUUUUGGAUCCAACGUCGGCAUCCUCUCCGGCCUCCUCAACGAGGUCACGCCGCCGUGGGUGGUCCUGCUGGUCGGCGCCGUCCUCAACUUCUUAGGAUACCUAAUGAUCUGGCUCUCCGUCACCAAAAAAAUCGCGAGACCAAAAGUCUGGCAGAUGUGCUUGUACAUUUGCAUCGGCGCCAAUUCUCAGUCGUUCGCCAACACUGGCUCGCUGGUCACCUGCGUCAAGAACUUCCCCGAGAGCCGCGGCGUCGUUUUAGGGCUUCUCAAGGGCUACGUCGGCCUCAGUGGCGCUAUCAUCACGCAGAUGUACUUUGCUUUCUACUACAACGACACCAGGGCCUUGAUUCUGCUCAUCGGGUGGCUUCCGGCGGCGAUCUCGUUCGCUUUUCUGAGGACUAUUAGGAUCAUGAAGGUGAUUAGACAAAGCAACGAGGUCCAGGUGUUCUACAACAUGUUGUACAUCUCUCUCGGCCUCGCCGGAUUUCUGAUGAUCAUGAUCAUAGUAGAGAAUAGGGUGAACUUUACUCAACAAGAGUACGGCGCCAGCACGGCGAUGGUGCUCUUCUUGCUCGCUCUUCCCGUUGUUGUUGUUGUAAUCGAGGAGUACAAGCUUUGGGAGAGAAAACAGCUCGAGAUGAAUGGUGACGUCAAAAUAGUGACGGAAAAGCCAGUCGUUCCCACGGAAGAACAAUUAGAGGUGUCAAAGGAGCCGGUCACAUAUGAAACUCCUGAGUCCACAGAGGAACAACCUAGCCAAUCUUGUUGGAAAACUUGUUUUAGGCCACCAAAUAGAGGAGAAGACUACACUAUUCUUCAAGCCCUAUUCAGCAUUGACAUGCUCAUACUAUUCAUGGCGUGCAUAUGUGGUGUUGGGGGCACAUUGACAGCAAUUGACAACUUGGGUCAGAUUGGCACUUCGUUGGGAUAUCCCACACGCAGCAGGAAAACUUUCGUCGGCCUGGUCAGCAUAUGGAAUUAUCUCGGUAGAGUCGUCGCCGGAUUCGUCUCGGAAUUUUUACUAAAACGAUACAAGUUCCCUCGUCCUCUCAUUCUAACCCUAACCCUCUUUGUCUCUUGCUUUGGUCACCUCCUCAUUGCCUUCAAUGUUAAAAAUGGUCUCUACCUAGCCUCGGUCAUAAUAGGGUUUUGCUUCGGCGCUCAAUGGCCUUUGCUCUUCGCCAUAAUUUCUGAGCUCUUCGGGCUCAAGUACUACUCGACUUUGUACAAUUUUGGUUCAGCCGCGAGUCCCGUCGGCUUGUACUUGCUCAACGUGAAACUCACCGGUCAUGUAUACGAUAAGGAGGCGAUGAAGCAAUUGGUGGCCAAAGGGCUCGAGAGGAAUAAAGACGAGGAGUUGACUUGUCUUGGUGGAGAGUGCUUCAAGUUGUCCUUCAUUAUAAUCACAGCUGCCACAUUUUUUGGGGCAUUGGUUUCAUUGAUUUUAGUGAUGAGGACAAGGAAGUUUUACCAGAGUGAUAUAUACAAGAAGUUCCGAGAGGAGGCAGAUAAAGCUGCUGAGACUGAAAUGGCCAUGGCACGAAAUGGUGUCACCAAUGGCCAUAACCAAACCAAUGGAAGAUCGUAGACGAAUGCAUACAUGUACUUCUUCUUCUUCUUCUUUUUUUUUUUUUGAAACCGCCUGAAAUAGGUAUAGAAAUUAGGAAAAAGGAGACUAUACAGAUCAGUGUGUAAUUUCUCUUUUAAAUUUGUGUGGGAUUUUUACAUCAAUGUCGAUAUAUUUCAGUUUAGCCUUCUUUUUCUACAACUUGU